AGUUUUUAAAUUCUAAGCUUUCCAAGCAAAACUAAAUUAGAAUGCCUGUCCACAAAGCUCCGAACUGCAUGGUAAAAUUGUUGCUGCUGGUGUGGAAAAACUUUUCCUUGCUUCCCGGUCGACCGUGCUACAUUAUCAGUCUCUUCAUUUUCUUCGCAAUCCUGCCAUUUUUAUGUAUGUUACUUAGGGUUAUAAAGGACUUAAGGAAGCAAGUAACCGUACCAGAACCAUUACCAACUGUUGGACUUUUAAAAUCUUUUCCUGAAAACAUUUAUUACGCACCUCAAACUAAUAUGCUCACGUCGCUUGUGGAACAAUUAAAAAAAACUAAAGUCACAGGCUUUAAAAAUUCGAUUAAACUUCAUGAGGCGUUAGUCGGUUUUGAUGGCAUGAGUGUGAUUGGAAUUCAAUUUGACCACGGCUAUUUGGAAUGGCCAGAUAAAUUAUCUUUCGCCCUGCGUGCUCCUAUAAAAUCUGGUGCAGAUGCUGAGGAUAUGUUAUCAAAGGAGGGAUCUCUACUGUAUCAAAGCAAUUUUUUAAGCGUUCAGCAGGCAUUGAGCCAAGCGCAUAUUACAUACAAGCUCAAGCAAUUGGGCAAGGAUCGGGAGAAUAUUACGUUUCCAGAAAUUAGGGACCUUCCCUCCCCACUAAUUUAUAAAUCAAAAUACUCAUUUGCUUUACAAAGCCUCGCAAAACUUGUAAUUGAAAUCAUAAUAUUCUUCGUGGUCGUCAGUUCGACAAAGUAUAUUGUCCAAGAAAAGGAACUCCAGCUUAAGGAGACACUUCACCUAUUGGGUGUUGGCUCCGGCUUGCAGUGGCUGGCAUGGUACAUCCAGAACUUCAUAGUGCUUUCGAUCGGAUCGGCGAUAAUAACGUUCUGCUGGAAAAUCACCCUAACAAAAGAGGGCAUAAGCUUCCUGCCGUUUACCCAUUGGUCGAUAGUCCUCUUCGUUCUGCUUGUGCUUAGCCACUGCAUGAUCUGCUUUAGCUUCCUGAUGAGCAGCCUCAUCUCCACGACGCGUCACGUCUCCCUGAUCACAAUCCUGACCUUAUUUGCCACUAAUCUUCCCUUUUGGGUCUUUCAUUCCGUUGGAUGUGCGGAGGGGCUAAGCGCCUUCGUCGGCCUUUUCAUUUUGUCCGGUUUGAGCUUAUUGGCCACCAGCGUUACCGAUUGGGAGUCCUAUGGUGACGGCCUGCAGUGGGAUAAUCUUUUCGUGACCUCAUGGCCAGGCGACUCAAUAUGCGUUGGAUAUAUCUUGCUAGUAAUGCUUCUGGCCAGUUUGCUAUCCCUGAUCAUCUGCCUAUACGUGGAGAAGAUCCGUCCAGGUUCUUACGGGGUAUCUCGUCCCUGGCAUUUCCUCUGCACCUGCUGUUGCCCCACCGAAAGUCUCGUGCCCUACAAGCGGGUCUUGAACAGGAUUCUCGGCAUGCAUCGGGCUACUCCAGAUGUUGAGCGACACGAACCUAAAUUUUUCGAGGCAGAUCCGCAGGAUAAAACCGCCGGCGUUCAGAUCAGAGGUCUCAGCAAGACCUUUGGCAAGAUGGAGGUCGUGAAAAGCGUGAGUUUUGAUAUGUUCGAGGACCAGAUUACGGUGCUAAUGGGGCACAAUGGAGCGGGCAAGACGACGCUGAUCAGCAUGCUGACUGGAUUUCUUUCGCCCACUUCCGGAACGGCACUGGUAAAUGGCUAUGACAUCCGAAAGGAACGAAACAAGGCCCGAAGCUGUAUCGGCCUGUGUCCGCAGCAGAAUGCCCUCUUUAAGAACCUUAGCUCGGCCAAACACAUCUGGCUCUUCAGCCGGCUGCGAGGACUGAGGGGCGCGGAGGUCAAGGCGGAGGUGGACAAGUAUCUGGAGAAGCUUAAUCUGCAGGAAAGGAGGAAAACGGCAGCACGAAAUCUCUCUGGCGGAACCCAGCGUCGACUGAGCGUCGCCUGUUCGCUCUGCGGAGGUGUCAAGGUGCUUAUCUGCGACGAACCCAGCACCGGAUUGGAUCCCAGCGCCCGGCGGGAGCUGUGGAAACUAAUUCUGGAGGCGAAGGAGGGCCGUACUAUCCUUUUGACCACCCACCAAUUGGACGACGGGGAGGUCCUCGGAGACCGCAUUGUCAUUAUUAGCGAUGGUCAGCUUCGAUGCAUUGGAUCGCUGCCAUUUCUCAAGAAACAUGUGGAUGCCACCUGUCUCUUAACCUGUGAAACUAGAAAACGAUGUGACGUGGCAAAGCUAAAUUCUUUGAUAUCCCGUCAUAUGGGUGAAAUCAGGCCGACAACCACAAGAGGGCGAGAUGUUUGCUACAAACUGCCGCUUAGCAAGUCAAAUUCGUUUUCCUCGUUAUUUAAGGAUUUGGAGAACCAUAUGAAUGAGUUGGGUGUACGGGGAUUCGGCAUGAGCUCCGUGAGUCUCGAAGAGAUUUUCAUGACCUUCGGCGCGGAGGACUCGCGCUCUCGAAAGCCUGGAGGUGCGGAGAAAAGAGAUGAUGACGACGACGACGACGACGAUGAUGAUGAUGAUGAUGAUGAGGAUGAGGCUGCGAAUAAGUGCUGUGGAAAUUUAGUGAGACACUGGUGGGCGAUGAUGAUCAAGAAGACUCUUUCUCUUUAUGACAGCAAGAUUUACUUCCUGCUGCUUCUGUCGCUCCCUAUCAUUUACUACUUGACAACGCUUUUGAAGGAUAAAGAUCCGGAGGAUUUGGGAAAAAUAACCAUGAAUAUUGGCGAAUACGGAGGCGACAGGGUCACCGUUUUGGUGUCAGAGCAGGCAAACACAUCCUUAGGCGGAAUACGUACUUCGCAUCGAGUCGCGGGAAUGAUCGGGAAUGACAUCAAAUCAAAAGUGAUAUCAGAGCCAGUCGACGUCUACACAAAGAACGCAUUUAAGACGAGAAAGGGAAAGGGUGAGAUUACCUUUAUGCCGAUGGCGGUCACCAUUGGAACCCCUCUGAUCGGCUGGGUCGGACCCCAGCACUAUGUUCAUGCUGCGCCCAUGGCUCUUAAUCUAAUCUACAAUGUCAUGGCCCAGGAGCUCCUUGGACCAAAAAUCUCAAUAGAGGUAUCAAGCGCUCCAUUUAAAAAAAGAAGGAAAGUGGAAUAUUUAUCCCCCGAUACCUCUAGAAUACCAAUAUACGUAUUAAUCUAUUUGAUCAUUGCAAUGAUCCUGUUCUCGAACGGGAUUAUCCGAGAGAGAGUCUCGCAUAUGAAGAUGCAGCAGGAGGUGUCCGGACUGGGCAUGCUCACAUAUUGGCUGAGUCACCUGCUCUUUGACAUGGUGGUCUUUUUGAUCUUGGCACUGGCCCUGUUGCUUCCACUCUACAAAUAUGCCCCCUGGGAUAUGCUGCUGCUCGUUCUGUUUUUCAUCGGACUGGCGGGCCUGAUAUUUACAUAUUUCUUAACGUUGGCGUUUUCGGCCACAUUCCUAGCUAUAUCUUUGAUCCUAAUUGCGGCUUACCUAGCAGUAUUCGUUAUGUUUAUUCUUGGAUUACUGGCGGUGUUUAAUAAUUUUGUUUAUGCCAUUUUCUAUGUUGCUUACCUGCAUCCUAUGUUAGCCGGUUACUUUUGCCUAAGCAAAUGCUUCCAAUUUUUGUACAUGUGCGGAUCCUACAACUUAGUGCCAGAACUAAGUGACGGACAUUUAAAUUGCGUUAACCCCUUAGCUAUCUUAGAGCAGGAGUGUGUGUGCGAAAAUCCAAUGACUUGGCCGGAGAUGAUUAUCAUGAUUGUUGGGGCUAUCAUUUUCUGGCUAAUAAUAAUGUUUAUUGAGUACGGCAGCUGUGUUUGGUACAGUUUCAAGGGCGUUUGCACAUUUGCACGAAAGAGUCCAAUUGAAGAUCCCAAAGUCGCUAGGAAGGCAGAGAAAAUUCAAGCUAUGGAUGCUGAUCAAAUAGGAAGCCGGGCACUGGUCGUAAGAGAGGUUACAAAAAAAUAUUGCUGCGGUCCUCUAGCCGUCAACAAUAUUUCCUUUGCUCUCAGGCCGCACUAUUGUGUCGGACUGCUAGGCCCCAAUGGAGCCGGAAAGACAAGUACGUUCAAAAUGAUUGUGGGCGAGCAAUCAAUUGACAUGGGUAAUAUUUUCAUCACGGGCUACAGCAUGAAAACUAGGCGCAACAAGGCGAUGAAGGAACUAGGCUACUGCCCUCAGUUUGACUCGUCCUUUGAGUUUCUUACUGGUCGCCAGUUAUUGAAUUUCUACCUUCUGUUGCGUGGCACUCCAAUUAAAAAGUUGAAGGAGCGAUGUGAACUACUGGCUGAUCAGUUUGGAUUUAAGAAGCACUUGGAUAAAAAGAUUAGCUACUACAGCGGUGGAACCAAGCGGAAAAUCAACGCUGCGAUCGCGUGUAGAGCGAAGUCACUCAUUUGCUUGGACGAGCCGAGUGCCGGAGUGGAUCCUGCAUCGCGGCGUCACGUUUGGACCAUCAUCGACGAGUUGGCCGACAAGGGCAAGGCCGUGUUGCUCACCUCUCAUAAUAUGGACGAGAUAAACGCCCUUUGCUCGAAAAGCGUUAUCCUAGCGGGGGGCAAAAUCUACGCCAUGGGGUCGAUACAGCACGUCAAAAACAAAGUUGCCAAAGGAAUGAUGCUUAAGACGGUUGUAGUUGUAAGAGCGGAAGUAAUGGCGAGUGUACUCUCGAAAAUUGAGGAUGAAGUAAAGAAAGCCUAUCCCAAUGCAAUUAUUAAAGAAAAGUAUGAGUUUAGUGGCAGGCUUACAUUCCAAAUCCCCGAAGAAGGCAGCAGCUGGUCGCAGAUUUAUAAUUUUGUUGAAAACAAUCGAAACUCCUGGCAGCUGGCUGAUUAUUCAAUUAUACAGGUAUCGUUGGAAGAUGUCUUCGAGGAGAUUGCCGAAGAGAGGCGCUAUAGAUAGGUACUAGAGCCCUUUAAAAGAGCCUACUGAUCAGCUGAUAUUAUUAUAACAACUUAUUUGAGACCCAUUUGACCCG